CCAGACACUCCCAACGGCAAGAAUGUGCUCCCUUCCCAUGGCAAGAUACUACAUAAUCAAAGACGCACAUCAAAAGGUUUUGUACACACGGAAUGGCCAGCUCCUGGUGGGAGACCCUGAUUCAGAGAACUGCAGUGCAGAGAAAAUCUGUAUCCUUCCUAACCGAGGCCUGGACCGCUCCAAGGUGCCCAUCUUCCUGGGGAUCCAGGGAGGAAGUUGCUGCCUGGCAUGUGUUGAGACAAGAGAGGGGCCUUCUCUGAAACUGGAGGAUGUGAGCAUCGAGGACCUAUACAAAGGUGGCGAGCAAACCACCCGCUUCACCUUCUUCCAGAGAAGCUUGGGUUCUGCGUUCAGGCUCGAGGCUGCUGCUUUCCCUGGCUGGUUCCUCUGUGGCCCGGUUGAGCCCCAGCAGCCAGUGCAGCUUACCAAAGAGAGCGACCCCUCCACCCGUACUGAGUUCUACUUUGAACAGAGUCGGUAAUGAGACACCGUACUGCGGUCCAGCCUAGCGCCCGCAAACAAAGUCCUUCUU